GCAAGUAAAGAAGUAUUUUGUGGAAUGUGUUAUUCCAACUCAUUUUGAGCUUUUGGAUAGUCCUGGCAGUGCAUUAGAUAUCAAGGCUGAUGAGAUGAUGGGUGCCAUCAAUGCAAUUGUUGAAGAAUGUUCUUCUCAACCAGAAAAGACAAGGGGAUUCUUCAUAAGGAAAACUGUCUUGACCAAAUGUAUGUGUGGGGAUAGCUUUGGUUUUCAUACGAAGGAUGCACUUGAAUUUGCUGGAAUUACCUCUGUCACUGAGCAUCAAUUAAAGCAUUACAUAAGAAAUGCUAAGAUUGGUUGCUGUGGGAGGCUUACCUUCCAAGGAAGGGGACAGAUCUCUGGAUGUAUUCAUAUUCAAAGAAAAGUACUUUCCAAGGAAUUGCUUGCCAAGCUAGAUAAUGCAUUCACAAGCACUCAGAAAUCGAGUGCCAAAACCAAUUCAAGUGCAACCCCUAUGUUGCAAACAAAAAGUAGCACUGUUGGUAGGUUGAUAUACAUUUAG